AUGUUCUCAUCUAUAUCUUCCUACAUCCGAACUUCCAAUGGCACGAAAGUCAACAUAAACCAAAGCGGUAAUCCCCGCGGCCCCUUAAUAAUCCUCCUUCACGGCUUAGGCGGUUCAACAGAGACAUUUACACCGCUCCUACCGUAUCUAUACCCAGAGACAAAUAGACUCAUCUCCGUGGACCUUGAAGGGUUCGGAAAGACCGGCCUAUCGUCACCGGAAGUCAAACUCUCUAUACCCCGAUAUGUCGAUGACUUGGACUCUAUCGUGGCAUCUCUACAGGGAUCUGGGGAAGAAGAAAGAGAAGGGACCAGCCAGCGGAAAAUCGUCAUCAUCGGACACAGUCUCGGGUCCAUCAUUGCAAUGCACUACGCAGGCGCACACCCUGAAAUAAUUGACGGUCUUGUGCUCCUCGGAGCUGGACGUUCAAUUGCUCAUAUACCAGCAGCUAGAGAACGGAUGUUAAGUUUGGCGACCAAAGCGCGGACAGAAGGGAUAUCUGCCGUGGCGGAUGUAGCUGCCAUAUCUAACUUUCCUCCUCCUGAACAAUGGCAUUCAAUGACAACGACAGAGACGCGGGAAGAGCUUCGUGAGAUCGUUCGCCGGGCUGUGAUGGACUGUGACGCAGAAGCAUACGCAAAAGCGUGCGAGGCAGUAGCCGGUUUGGAUCAUUUAGAUCCUGACUACGGCAAUAUCACAGCUCCGACUUUAUUGCUAGCAGGAUCCGGAGAUAUGAUUUCUCCACUAGAUCGAUCUAUGGGAUUGAAGGACUUGAUUGGAGGGAAUGCUUGGGUGAAGGUCCUUGAUGGUGUGGGACAUCAGAUGACUUUGCAGGAUUUGGAUGGAGGUCCCCUCUACGGUGAUUGCGAGGUUAGUGUGUUUAAAGCAGAUACGUAG